GACGACGAAAAAAUAUUGGAAUGAACCAAUUACCUCAUUUCUGAAUACAAGCGUUACCGGUGAACAUAUAUGAAAAGAAUUUACCAUUGUUUGCUGGUUUUAAUAAGUGCUUGAGUAAUGUCUACAAUAAUGAAUGGAACGUCACAUCUCAGUCUAUAAAUGAAAGGCGAUUACGGAAUCUGAGCUCAUUUGUCAUUAGUGAUAAAAUGAGAUCAUUUGGAUUUUAGUAAUUAAAGAAACAAUUGUCGAGGAUUGCCCGCGAAAUACAGCCGGAAAUCUCAAUCUUAUCAAGGAUCUUUUUAUAACUUUACUUCGAGAAGCAGCGAUGAGUGAAACUACCACUUUGAGCAGAGUCAUUGACUCGGAGCAGAUGCAAGCAAUCACAAGUGAAUUCAACAGAUUAGGAGAACGAUGUUACUUAGAGCAUGCUGGUGCCGCAUUGUAUCCGCAAUCUUUGCUUCAACAUGUACAUGAAGAUUUAUUGAACAAUGUCUACAUGAACCCGCACACUGAUAAAUACACAAGAGAUUGUAUAGAGCAAAUUCGCUGUUUAGUUCUAAAUCACUUCCAUACAGAUCCAUCAAAAUAUUCAAUAAUAUUCACAUCAGGUGCAACACAAUCAUUAAAGUUAACUGUAGAAUCAUUUGAAUUUUCAUCAAAUACAGAAGAAGGUUUUGAAUGUGGUUCAUUUGUCUAUCUUAAUGAAAACCACACAUCAGUUCUAGGUCUCAGAGAAAUAGCUGAAGACAAAAAUGUAGAUGUAAUUAAUAUAUCGCAUGACAAUUUUCUUAAAUCAAUUAAACAAAAUCAUCCAGCACCAAUUGGACAGAAAAGUAAAACUGAUGGAAACAUUUUACUGGCAUACCCAGCCAAAAGUAAUUUUAAUGGAUUUAAAUAUCCAUUAGAUUGCAUACAAAACAUAAAGAAUGGAUGUUUAAACAGAUAUUUGAUGAAACAUUUGUGCAAAGUUAAUUGCAAUUGGUAUGUUUUACUUGAUGCCGCUGCUUAUGUGCCUACAAAUAAUUUAGAUUUAUCAAUAACACAGCCUGAUUUUGUGUGUUUAUCAUUUUAUAAAAUCUUUGGCUACCCAACUGGUUUGGGAGCGCUAUUAGUUAAAAAUACUAGUGCUGAUGUUUUGUGUAAAAAACGAUAUUUUGGUGGAGGAACUGUUGAUAUUGUUAUUAGUGGAGAAAAUUUUCAUGUGAAAAGAAAAAUUCUUCAUGAAAGGAUGGAAGAUGGAACAUUACCAUUUCUAUCAAUUUUGGCAUUAAAGCACUGCUUUGAUAUGUUACAUAGGCUGAUACCUAAGACAAUUAACAAUCACAUAAUGGAUACAAUCUCACAUCACACAUUUUACUUGGCAAAAGAUUUAUAUAAUCAAUUGAAUGAACUUCAUCAUCCAAAUGGCAAGAAAGCAGUUGUCCUGUAUAUGGACUCUGAUUUCUCUGACAUAAAAAUACAAGGUGGUACUGUUACAUUUAACCUUCUUAGAGAAGAUGGAUCCUUUGUCGGUUUUAUGGAGUUUCAAAAUAUGGCAGAUCUAUUUAAUAUUAAUGUGAGAACUGGCUGCUUUUGCAAUUCCGGGUCAUGUCAAAGACAUUUAAAUACAUCUAACAGAGAAAUGAAAGAAAUGUACAAAGCGGGGCAUAAAUGUGGAGAUGAAAUUGACUUGAUCAAUGGUAACCCAACAGGAGCAAUUAGAGUCUCAUUUGGUUAUUACAAUACAUUCAAUGAUGUUGACAAAUUAGUAUUAAUGGUGUGUAGAUGUUUUGUACGGACCGUGUUCAAGAAACCAAAGCGUACAAUGACUUGUCUGCAGGAACUUUCUGUGUAUAAACCUGUGAAAAAAGCCUAUAAAGAAGGAAUGAUAAAAUUAAUGAAUGAUAGAACUUAUUUCAAUGGCUACGACAUAUUACCAGAGACACCUUUAGAAAGUAGUGAUAUUAUUUUGGAUGAAAUAGCAAUAUUCCCUAUAAAAUCUUGUGGUGCAUUCAAGAUUAAAACCAUUUGGAAAAUUGGUCUCAAAGGUUUCGAAUAUGACAGGGAAUGGAUGAUUAUAAGAGAAAAUGGAGUGUGCUUGACGCAGAAACAAAGUACACAAAUGUGCAUGAUCAAACCAGAAAUAGAUCUGAAACGUAAACUUUUAAUACUACAUUUUAAAGGUAAACCUUCUAUAUCAGUACCACUAGAGCCAAUAAUAGAGAACAAAACAAAGUUUGCAAGUAUGUGUACCAGCAAAGUUUGUAUGGAUAUGGUCAAAGGAUAUGACUGUGGAGAUGAUGUAUCCGAUUGGAUUUCAAAUGCAUUAGGAAUCUCAUUCCUCAGAUUAAUUAAACAAUCAACCACUGAUGUUAGACCUCAGAAGAAAAAUGCUGACGGUGAACAAAAGUUACUGUCAUUAUGCAAUCAAGCUCAAUUUCUCUUAAUAAAUAAGGCCUCAGUAAGAUGGCUGCAUGGAAGAAUCAAAGAUCCAUUGUUCGCAGCCACUGUUGAUAACCUUACAGAUCGUUUUAGAGGAAACCUUAUAAUUGAUAGAGCUGUGGAGUUAACUGAAAGAGAAUGGCAUAGAAUUAUUAUUGGAAAACAUGAGUUUAAGGUGGACGGUCCCUGCCAGCGUUGUCACAUGAUCUGCAUUGAUCAACAAACUGGUGAGAAGACGGCUGAACCUCUGAGGACUAUAUCUGAACAGUUUGCAGGGAAAAUGCGCUUUGGUAUAUAUUUAAGCUAUGUAGGUCCAGUGAAUGGUAUGAAAGAUAAAGCUUUGAAAGUUAACUCUAUUGUAAAACCUAUAAUCAAUGAAGAUGAUAUCAGCAGAUGAAGUUUGAACUAACACUUGUUAAUAAGUUUUCUGUAGGGGUAAGAAAAAGAAACAUCUGAUUUUAUAACAGUAAAACAUUUGUCUGUCAAAUAUUUUGAAUAUGGUUAGUGUCCAGAAUUCAUUCCGCUUUCUGACUUUUACUUUGGGAUAAUAUUGAAUUUUACUUUAGAAAUUAUGAUUGGUAUUGAUUAAUUACUAAAUUCAAUUUUUUUUUUAUUAUUUUUGGAUAAGACCUAUGUUUUACAUUACUGUACUAAUUAAUAGGUUUUGAUUCUAAAAUUUAAGUUUUAUAAUUUAUCUUACAUUUAAGUGUAAGGCUUUUCUGUGUUCCUAUACAAGUGCUGUUCCUUUAUACCUUAUAUUAAAAAAAUUUAAAACUCAAUUUUAUAUAGCAUUCCAUACCAGACUGGCUCAGUUCACUUUAAUAGAUAAACAUUAUUAGUAUUAAGAAAGGGUGUUGGUCAUAAGUUAUGAAAGUUAUGAAGGUUGUUAUUAACAAUGUUAAAAAAUUUUAAGCUCAAAAACAUACAUUAUCUUGCCUUUAUAGAACUGUGAUUUUUAGAUUAGAAAAAAUUAUUUACUUUGCAGGUUGUUUACGAAUUGAUCUGUUUUCAGCUAAAUCUAUGAGAUUUUAGUAUUUACAUCAUUUUGAAGGAUUUACUUUACAAUUAGAAACAUUUCAACAGAUUUUUGUGGUAAAAUAUCUUUUAGCAUAUACAAGAAACUAUUUAUCCUUUUAUGAGAAUAUUCUUUAAAAUUACAGAUUA